AUGGACAACCCCCUGCUUGCAAUCUUAAAGGCGGGUGGCGGGCCCACCGGCCAGCAGCAACAGCAGCAGGGCAACGCCAGCGCCAACGGCAACGGCAGCAACGGCACCCCGCCGCCCGCCGCGCCGUCGCUGCAGGCCGUGUCGAUCGACGACUUAUUCAAGUCGAUCUCGCAGCCCGCCUCGCGCUCCGUCUCGAGCUCGACCGCCCCCGCCCCCGCCCCCGCCCUCGCCCCCGCCCCGCCCAACCCGCAGGCGUCCAAGCUCCUCGGGUUACUCGGCGGCGGCCUCGGCGGCAACGGCGCGGGCAACGGCAUCAGCCCAGCACCCACGCCAGCAGUGAGCACCAUCACGCCCUUACCGCUGCCGCUGCCCGGCCUCGCGCUGCCCGGCCUCUCGCCGGAUGCUGGCGCCGCCGCUGCGAACGCGAACGCGCCGGUCCACACCCCGUCCCCUGCUGGCGAGGAGCAGAGCCGCAAGAACUCGCUUUUGAACGCGCUCAAGUCGCCCGUCGCCGCGCCCGCUGUGCUGGACGCCGCCGUCGCGCCGAUCCAGCCAUCACCGAUCACGAGCGCGCCCGUGUCGCCCCCGCCGCCCGUAGUCGCCGCGGCACCGCUCACCACCCCGCCACCCACCGCUCCGACCCCCUCCAAGUCGAUCUUUGACUUUGUGUCUCCCUUCGACGCGUUCGGGCCGCCCAAGCCGCGCUCGCAGGUGACCUCGGCCGCGGCGACCCCGGCACCUCAGACCCCAUCCCCGGCACUCCAGUCACCGGUUGUGCGGGAGGUCGCGGAACAGCAGCAGCAGCCGGUGGUGGCACCCGCGUCUAUUGCACUUCCGUCGCCUGCGGCGACAGAGCAGACUGAGCCCUCUGCCUACGAUGAGGUCAAGGCCCCGCUGCCAUCGGCACCGACGCCACCCGUUGGCCCGACGCCGAACUCGGUGGCACGCAAGGCGUCGGCCCAGCAGGCGCACGUCCGCAAGGGCUCGGGAUCGACAACGGCCACGCCUUCCCCUGCGGCCGCAAAGGGCAAGACUGAUCUUGGCCUCGUCUUCAGCAAGCUCGCAAAGGGCGCAGAGGGCACGGGCCCACGGUCGCUCACGGCCGCUGAUACCCCUCACAUUACGAUCGACCUGUCGAGGCCCAACCUCGACGCUGUGGUCAACCCUCCUGGCACCCCCGCCGUCCAGCCUUAUACCAUCAUGCGUGCCGACCAGGUCGGCUACCACCGUGGCCGUACCGUCGGUGUCGUUGGAGCCAGCUGGGUGGCGUAUACCCUCGCACGGGGCCGCAUCAGACUAAUUGACCUGGGAUCGGGCGCCCGUGCCAUCUUGCAGCUCGAGGCCACGGGCCCGAUCAUCGACCUCGCGGUGACUGCCAACGGUGUAGCUGUCAUUGGAUCAGACGGUGCUGUCUCCGUCUUCCGUGUCCCCACAUCUUGGGCGAAGAAUGACCCUCCUUGUCCUCUCAUCUUCCAGCUGGGCCCGGUGACUUCUGACCAGGUCGGCCCCGAGCACUCGAUUGGCGACAUCAACCGAGUCGAAUGGGUCAAGCGUGAGGGUGCCGACUGGCUCGCUAUUGGUGGUACCGAGGGUGUCGCUAUUCUCAACCCUUCGGCAUACGAGGACAAGCCCAAGGUCAACGCGCGCGAGGCCCUCACUUCCACUCGGGUGCUCAAGACGGCCCAGCCUGUUGUUUCGUUCUGUCUCAAUGCUACGAACCAGGCUAUCGGCCUGCUCUCGACUUCUGGCUACUUCUGCCUCUUCUCGGUCGCCAACCUCAACCGAGUGUGGCACCGUCAGCUCCCUACCUCGGCGCCAAACGUCGCCCCGUCGUCGGUUCGUUUCUGCGAGGCCAAUCUGCUUGUCGGCCGCGGCAACGACACCAUUCUGGACCUCGUCCAGAUUACCGUCGAGCUCGCCGUCCUCUCUACCAUCAAGUUUGUCGCCCCGUCUCCGUCUCCACCCGCCCUCCACUUUGCUCACGCCGAGUACGAUUCCGACAAGUCGACGCUGAUCGUCGCGCCGUUUGCUCGUGGCAGUGUCUACGCCUUCCACUACGCGCUCAAGGGCAAGCAGCCGCUUCGCAAUGUGGCCUCGGCCAAGGUCGCUGCGUACGACUCAGUGGCAGAGUACCCUCUUGAGCCGGUUCUCUCGUUCGUGCUCAACCCCAGCGAUGGUGCCGACCUCAGCCUUGUGUACGCGACGCCGUCCGGCAUCAACCAGGCGCAGUUUGAGGCAUCGGUGCUUCCUGGUGGAGCGGUGCAGGCGACGCCUACGCCGACGCCUCCGCAGCAGAGCAGCCCAAAGAAGAAGGCCGCUCCUGUGGUCAAGCAACAGGCUGAGCCCAUGGCCAAGCAGGUCAGCAACCAGAGCUCGGCUGUGCGUGAGGCGCCGGUCGCUGGCGUCGCUGCCAUUGCGGUGGUUAACGAUGCGACCCCUGAACCCUCCGCUGGUCCGAUUCCUAUUCCCGACACAUUCGUUGUUGGGUCUGGUAUUGGCCUUUCUGCCCUCGACUUGCAGCGUGCCCUGAAGAAGGUAUGUAAAGAGGCAACGCGUUUGCUGACGACCCAGACCGAGGAGCGCCUGUCCAACCAGUUCCGCACUGCUGUCCAGAAGGAGGUUGCCCAGCUGUCGUCGCGCCUGGACGCGGACCGGGAUCUCGCCGCGUCCGUCGCCGGUGCCGUCUCUGAGCACCUCAGCGCCCAGCUUCCCAGUAUUGUACAGCAGGAGCUGAAGCGCACGCUCCCAACCGCGAUUGCCUCACUCCACGCCGAGGUUCGCCAGGUUGUCGGCGAGCGUGUACCGCCAGCUAUUCACCAGGCACUGCAGACCGUGAGCCGCGACAUUGCGACGGCCGCGCAGCCAAUUGUAGGCCGUGCCAUUGCACAGACUGUCCAGCCCGCUGUCGCCCAAGCUGUGCAAGACAGCGUGUCAAACGCUCUGGUUCCUGCCCUGGACGAUGCCACGAACCGAGUGUACGACCAGCUGGCUACCGACCUCAAGACGGAGAUGGUCCAGAUCCGCAAGGACGUUGGCGAGGAGCAGAACGAUGCGCUACAGGCGACGAAUGCGCUGUUAAGGAGUAUGGCGGGGACGAUCAGCGAGCUGCAGAAGCAGGUCGCGUCGCUGUCCGCCCAGCUCGCCAGGUCGCCCUCACCUGCUCCUGCUCCCGCUCCUGCUCCUGUUCCUGUUCAGGCGGCACAGGGAUUCCGCGCUCCUCCAGCUGCGACCGUGCCGCCACUUUUGUCUCCUCCCCCACCUCAGCACCACCAGCCACGACUCAGCAUCAGCGGACAGCUCGGUAGCCAGCUUGGUGGUGGCGCUCCCCCACAACAGCAAACGUCCUCGCCCGUACAGCUCGAGGACGCAUUCCUGGCGGCGCUGCACCAGCAGACUGUGCAGUCGACGCUCAAGCUCGUGGCCGAGUACGCCUCGCGGACCGAGCAGGUCCUGCCGCAGCCGCCAAACCGCAGCCCGCUGUCGCAGGCCGUGCUGCUCACCCUUCUGCACAGACUCUCCGCCGCGCUCAACUCUGGCGAGCUGUCGCCUCACGACCAACUGUACCAGACGGUUGUGUUGUGGGAGCACCGCGCCGUCGUGUUGAUCGACCCGCAUGACCCGGCCAUCUCGCAGUACUUUAACCGUGUGGCGUCGCUGGUCGCGGACGCUCUGCAGAGUGUGGUCAACCGCCUGGUGCAGACCGGGCCCAUGUUCUCGGGACACAUUCAGGCGCUGCGGCACACUGUCGACCUGCUGAGCGCCAAGGCGGGGGUCCUGUACAACCACAUCCGCACCGUCGCCUUCUGGCUCGACGCUUCCCCGGCCCUCGCAGACCUCGGUCUGCCCUUCCGCGCCGGCCUGGACGACAUCAUCUCCCUCGUGCCGCUGUACGGCGACAUUGCGUCCGGCGUGCUACAGCUGUACGCAGUCUACCUGUGCUUCCUGUUCGGCGCGCCGACCAUCACACUAGGGUACAUGGUGCUCAACGUGAUCCUCGACGUGCUGGUCGGCAUUGUGCCGCUCAUCGGCGACGUGCUAGAUAACCUCUUCAAGAGCAACCUGCGCAACCUGGCGCUGCUGGAAGCAUACCUCCUCACCGACGCGCGCGCUGGGCGCUGGAAGAUCCUCCUGAUGCCCGAUACGGCCACGUACAUCCCUGAGCCGAAGUCCGAGCGCGACGGCCGCAAGUGGUCCGCUUGGUUCGGGAUGGGGGACGGCGGCGAGGCAAGGGAAGAGAGGGAGAGGGAGCGCGCGACGGGGCAUGUUAGGAAAACUAGGCGCAUGCGCAAGGACGAGGCCAAGUUUGCGUUUGGGCGCGAGGGGCCUCACUCGGCCAGAGCGAGCGGAAACGGCACGCAACACGACGCCGACGGCGUGACCCCCGAACCGCUCGACUAGAGCGAUGUGCUGGCUAAAUAGACACGACAAGGCGACGGCCGAGGCACGACGACGACGACGGCGACUCUCCACGCACCAUACACGGG